CUUGCAGUGUGGGCGUGGCUCACAGUUAGGGGCUUGCUUUAGGGGGGCGUGCUCCUGAGUUGGGUCUGGCUUACACGUGGCUGCCUAUUAAAAGCCACGCCCGGCUGACAAACUCCUCAGUUCUCUCCAACUCCUCUUGGCCGCUGUUUUGUUCCUGCUACAACUACAGGUAAUGCACCCUCAUACCAUUCUCUCUGCACUGCCAGGCAAAUCACACUACACUGCUACACCCCAUCCUCCCUGCACUGCCAGGCAAAUCACACUACACUGCUACACCCCAUCCUCCCUGCACUGCCAGGCAAAUCACCCUCACACUACACUGCUACACCCCAUCCUCCCUGCACUGCCAGGCAAAUCACCCUCAUGCUACACUGCUACACCCCAUCCUCCCUGCACUGCCAGGCAAAUCACCCUCACACUACACUGCUAUACCCCAUCCUCCCUGCACUGCCAGGCAAAUCACCCUCACACUACACUGCUACACCCCAUCCUCCCUGCACUGCCAGGCAAAUCACCCUCACACUACACUGCUAUACCCCAUCCUCCCUGCACUGCCAGGCAAAUCACCCUCACACUACACUGCUACACUCCAUCCUCCCUGCACUCCCAGGCAAUGCAGUUCUGUGGGGUUUGUUAUAUAUAAAGAAGAGGAAUACAGGGUCAACGUUCUACCAGUGGAGUAAUCACCAUGGAAACCGAUGGAACGCUUUACUCUUAUAACUCUGCCCCAGAAUGACUUUUUACACAUAACCCCCUACUUGCUUAAUUCUACAACUUCUCCCCAUUGCCGGUACCUGUGGUACCUAUUACCAGAUCCCAUCAAUAUACACUACUACCAAUCCAGGCAUCACAUGGUUCUUACCCCUUAGUAUUAACCCUCGACUGCCCAGCGUGCUAUCCUUGGAAUGUUCAGGGUCUCAGAAUUCGAUUUGCUAACUAAAGGCUAGUAAAUCGCUGUCUUGUGGUUCAUCUGAUAGAAGAGAUUGACGGUGGAGCUUCCUCUUCUAUUAUAGUUGUAAAUAAUCUUCUGGAAUCUUAGCCCUGAUAGUAAGUCAGUGUGACAGAGGGGCACAGCUUCGUUUAAUCCUUUCUCUGACCGAUGGGACCAUUUUUACAUUCUAUUAUAAAUACAUGUUCCUUAUCUAUUCUUAUUCCGAUGAUCUGAUGGAUACAUUUUUAUAUAAGGUUUUGAUUUUAAAUUAUAUUUUAUUUCUAUUCUGUUGGAAGUAAUUUUUGGUGUCCAAAUAACUGCACUAGACUUUGCUGUAUUCUGCCCAUGCAAUACCCAGGUUAAUUUACCCUUUAUAAUGGGCAGUGACUCACUCAUUCACUAAUAAUCUGAUAUCUAUUGUAAUCGUGCCAUGCCAACCUUUCUGUGGCAUAUACCAGACCUGCCACCUUCUAGAACAAUUACCAGCAUGUAACUUGGGGAGUGGCACAGGUAUGGCAAAAUCACAAGACAGGCCUUGUUCUUGGGAAUCGUAUAGUACAACACUGGCAUAUAGCUGUUUACUAUGUAAAUUGUCUGGUAUUCAAUGAGAAUUUCAGGAUUUAGGCCAACUGGCUUGGAGAUUUCUGCAGUUUUAGCAAUUUCGUCCUAAAACCCAAAAGUCACUGUAAAUUCCUGAACAGUUACAAUUUAGAGAAUAGGGGACUAAUUUCACAGCACCAUUAUUAAGAGAGGCAUGGGUGUGCCACCUCAUUUAUUUUUAUAACCUGUAUAGUCAAACAGCUCUCACCUGUUUAUUGAAUAUGAAAACGACUUGCUUAACCCCCCCCCCCCCCCCCCCUUCCUUCCCCAUAUACACAGGCAAUGCUUUGUUGUGUACAUGCCAAUCCCAUCAUGUUGACACUUGUAAAUCAAAGAUGAGGAAAUAAUGUAGUGACUUAUCUGCAGAAAUUACAUUUCAUUGUUUUUUUUUUUUUUUUGUACCAGAAAAGUAGUAACAUUAGAUUGCAGAAAAAUCUGCCAAAAUAUGUCCUGUUCAAACAUUUUAUUUAAAUCGCUGUGCAUAGAAGUAUAUUUGUUCUGGCAUUGAUGAAGUGUGCGUGCUGUAUACAAAUCCUUUAAAACAAGAGUAACCGUAUGUCUACACCACAAGCGCAAUCUGGGUGUGCCUCUGCUGUCCAUUUUUUGGCCAGUCCUGUUGAUAUCAGAUAAUGCAGCACAGAUUACGUGUGCCAUCAGUGGGCUCCUGUCAAUGUAACAGUGCAGUACCAGGCAAUCACUGGGGGAAACGGGUACAGUAUAACUACAGAUUAAAUGCAUUUGUGCAACUUCUAAAGUUUAAUCACAAACCUAGGAAUUAUUACCAAUUCGUCUUAUCCUUCCAAUUUGGCUAAAUUAACCGGAAACGUAAAGUUCCCUUGUCCGUUAUUCAUAAUUAUGGAAUUAGUGAGUACUCUCUCACAAAAAAUAGUAAGAACUUCAUAUUUAAUUACACAGGAAUCUCUGUACCUUGAUACAGUCAGAUAUAUGGGGAGGGGGGUGGGGGAGAGCUGCAGGAUCUCCAUACAUUUAUCUGACUAAUCUUGCUCUAGGCUUUUUCACUCCCCUAGUUGUUGCAUCACAUGCCAUUUCAUACAUCUUAACCUAUAUUCACAUAAAUGUUUGAUUUUCAAAAUAUUUAUUGCCUUUAACAUAGUGCAUUUUUAUUUUUUGGGUGGUGGGGGGGACUAAUCACCUGCCUUAGGUCUCUAGUGAUAUUUAUGCGCUGCCAUGUUGUUCCUCCUCCUACAAGUUGCUGGCAGGGAUAUUUGCUCAGAUUGAUGUGAGUGGGAGUUCUGCGGAGUUGCUUUGCAUUUCACGUUCUAAGGGAAAUGCCAGAGGAGUGAGUUAAUUCACAGCUGACUUUAUACAACUGUGUGAUUCUGUUGGUGGAUGGAGGGGGCUGGAAUUUUAGGCUCCACAUAAAUCAAAAUUACUGUCCCAUUGCUACCUAGAGAUGUUCUAAUUCAAAACUAAGUUUUGUUUCUUUAUAACAGGCCUUGUUUGCUUGGUAGCGCGUUUAACAUCUCAUUGUCUGGGAAGUGGUAAGACAUAACGCAUGCUUGGCAUUGUGAGUAGGGUGUGAUACAGUUUGGCACGGAGCCUGUUAAGUUCCUUGUUGGGCUGACGUUGGGGGUAUUUUAAAUAACGGAGUCUCUUAAAAGAUCCACACUUCUUUUCAUGAAUUUGGCCUGCUUUAAUAGUGAGAUAAGUGUUGUGGUGUUUGGCGUGGUUUUUACAUUUUUAUUUUUAUUUUUUUAAAUCUAACAUAACUAAAUUAUUCUUUUUGAUGUAUCAUUGGCUUUUUAAGUUCUGGAAGUUCACUGUGAAUUUUAUCCUUAAUAAUAAAAGAUCAUUCUCUCUCUCUCUCUCUCUCUCUAAAUUGAUGCUUAUUCGGUUGUCGUCUUAGCCUUCUAGAGUCUCCUGUCUAACUUGCAUGACCGGAUUCAUGUUUUAACACUUUCUAGUUCAGCCUCGAGGCCCCAAAUACAGAUACUGGGUUGGUGAUGCUGAGGACAGUUGAAGGUUGUUCACAAGUCAGUGACCUAGAUGCCUCUGUGCCAAACUGUAUCUCUACUUGCCAUGCCAAGCAUGGCCUAAAAUCUACCACUUUCCAGACCUCCCAAUAAUUACCUAGCUGCUAAACUAAGCCCUUCUCACAAGCAUGCAAGGGAUUUUGUACAGUAAGUAAGGGAAAAACUAGUCCUGAGUUUAAUAUUUCUAGGUUGCAGUGGUACACUACCUUUGAGUUAUCCUUGGUCUAAAAUUCCAGCCCGCUCCAUCGAACUAUCUGAAUGGUAGAUGAUGUGCAUGGGGUAAAGUUGUUAGGAGAUUUGCAGGUGACGACCAGAAUUUCUCUUCGUUAGUCUGAUAAGUGAGAUGCGAAUAAAGGAUAACAAAGUUCAUUCUGGAUGCAGACAUUUUUAAUUAAAAAUUUUUUGCCACAUGAAGUGCAAUAUAAAAGUCUUUUUAAAAAUUUUUUUAUAAUUUUUACACGAAGGCAGGAGGGUUUGAAGACUAACUGGAUGUUGAAGGGUGAAUGGGCAGCACACCCUAUAUGCGGUUGGAUCAUUUAUAUGAAAGAAUACUGACCUACUGGGGGGAUAGAGGGAGGAAGAAAGGAGGAGGGAGAAGGGGUAGUUCUUGUUUAGGAGCAACUUACUUUCAAGAAGUAGACAAACCUGUACUGGUGAUGUGAUCUGAAAAGGUAUGUCCAGUAUCUCUAUGGGAGAUGUCAGAAAAGGAGAUGCAUUUUUCAUUGAGGGUAUACCUAAAAAUAGCUUGAAAAAAGCUGCCUGCAACUUCUGUAAGCCCUCCUUUUCUAACCCCGCCCAGUCUUUUUGUGUCUGUCCAAUCACAGACUUCGUUAUGCAGCUCAAUGAGAAGUCUUUCCAAGGCAGGUGCUCUGAGCAAUUGCUGUCUAAGUGUAGUUCCACUAAGCUAACCAAACCAGGAAGUAACAGGACAGGUUGACAGCCAGGGGGUGUAACAAUGUUCAUUUAUAAAAUUAUUAAUUUCUACUCAAACCUGCAGUUUUUGAAAAAAUAAAUAAAAAAAAAAAAGGACACUCUCUCUUCACACACACAGCUUUUUGGCAAGCUGGAAGUUCUUUAGGGGUGUGGAGUGCCCCUUUAAAUUGCAUAACAGUGAGAAUAGAAAGUACCAGGAAAGAGUAGUAAAGUCCAAGAAGUAGAAGUAAGCCCGUGUUGUCAGAAGAAGCAAAACCUUAAUUGGGAGGAACCAUGAAAUGUAAUGCACCACACGGGAUGUGUUCUAUGUUGGCUGUCUUCUCAAUAACUCUCUAAUCCAUGAUUGGCUAAAAGGUGGAGCAUGGAAGCUUGCCCUUACCUGACCUUUUAAAUCCUCUGUAGUGAAGAAUCCAGAGCAGUCCCUAACUGGCCAAUAUGGUGAGAGACUAAACCUAAGAUGACACAUAGCGUCAAAAGUCUUAAAGGGGACCAAAACUAGCUCGGUCCUAAAUAAGGCGUGCGAAUAUGCCAUCGUUGCCCCAUGGCUGCUAUGUUUGCCACUUAUAUUUAAUUUUACAGGUAGAAACCAAGCCUGAUCUUAAAGAUGAUGCAUGAAUUAGUAUGAUAUAAUUAUUAUUUUUUUUCUUAAUGGAAAAGGUGCGUGACACAUGGGCUCAAAGGACAAAUAUUACAUUGUAUCUCAGUUGUGAGGAGAACUUUGAUCUUGGUUUAUCCUGCCUCUCUCUGAAGUUGGAGAAUGAACUUUCUCUAUAUCUAUAUAUCUAUUAUUUUAUUUAUUUAUUUAUUACCAUUUGCUGCCACCUCCUGGGGACAGCGUUUUCCCCGCCAGUUCCAGGAUGUAGAUUAAGCCGGAUGACUCUCUAAUGCCUGCUUGUCACAACCACACCCAUGUCAGUCCUUGGCAUUUGGCAGCUCCCAAGACGUUGCACCUUGUAACAUCUAAAUAAGAUAUUAAACCCAGCCUGAGCAAUGUGUCUGAACAGGAACACUACUCCUAUUAUGGGAGAUUGGGAAAUACUACCAGAUUUUUAUUCAUAUUGAGCCAAGCCUCCUUCCUUCUACUGGUGGGGGAGUGCGGGGUUUGGUUUUUGUCGAGGAAAUUUGACCAUAAUAGCGUCUAUAUUACAACAUGCAAACAAGGGGAGGGCAGGAUGGAUUCGAGAAAAAGGAUAUGUGGACCAGUGAACAAGCUGGGCAUACAUGUUCACAAUAUUUCCUAAAGAUCAUGAUUCCAGGAGAAUGACGUCUCUGGUGCUGAUCUAGGGUUUGGCUUAAUUAAUGCCAGGGACCAUUAACACUGUUUGUAUUUGGUGAAAGAAACCCUCCCGUUUCUCCCCACAUAUAUUAUUUAUGCUCUGUGCACCUUGUACGCUGCUCCCUAUCAAAUAGGCUGGUACAGCUAUUAUGAGAUUUAUAAACACUAUCUCCCCCUCCCCCCAUUAUUUAUUUAUUUAAUUAAAAUGAUUGAAGUUAUGAAUAAUUUUUCUAUGCCUGUCUCUCUAAAUUUUGUCUUUCAAUAUUCCAGCAUCCGCAGUGAUGGCGACUGUUCAUGAGAUCCUUGGCAAGCUCUCACUCCAAGGAUCGGUAAGUGGCUCUAAACUAGGGAUUAUGUGGUAUGGGGGAGGUUUAUUUAUUUAAUUUUUGUUAAUCUACGAGACUUUUAGACCCCUUAGUAAAAGUUUUUAUCUCAAAUCUGUUUUUUUUUUCUUGUCUACACAUUAUAUUUCCAUUUUUAGAUCCACUUAAUUUCAAUUUACAUUGAGCGUUCGCAUAAUGUGCGCUAGGACGUUGCAGUGUGUUUGGCCCUUCUGGCACUCUAUGGUAAAGGAUGUCUUCCCGUGAUGCUAUGGAAUCAUGGGACAUUAUAAAAAUGGAGGAUAGUGACCACAUAGCCUGACAUUCCAUGUAAUUGAAGGACAAAUAAAAUCCCCUGUAAUGAAAGUUACCCAUGUAUUCUGACCAUUCUUGUCGUCUUUCAGGAAACCGCCUGCUCUGCCCCCAAGGCUGGUUCAGUCAAACCAAAAACCAAUUUUGAUCCAGAAAAGGCAGCAGAAGCCAUUGAAACAGCCAUCAAGACAAAAGGUUGGUGUUUGUCAGUGGGAUUAAUUAAAGAAUAAUCUUAACUCCCAGUUUAUUUUUAUUUUAUUUUUUUAACACAUGAUGUUGCGUGGAUAAGGUUUUUGGAUUUGGGACAAAACUAUGUUUUAUAUUUGCAUCCCUCACUGAAAUGGAAUUCUUGUAAGUUUUGGCGUUCUGAAGAAUUCUUUAUAUUUCCUCUUUAAUUUGAAAGAGAGCACGUUUUUAUAAUUUAAUUCCAACAUGAUGAAUCCAUUGUGUGUUUUUUUACUCCUGCCAUUGAUGGAACGGUGCCAUUAAAAUUUUUUUUUUUUGUACUAAAAUUUUGUCUUGUUCACGAUAUUUUGUGAUGUGCAAAAUGUGUUGGCUUGAAGUCUGCAGCUCACUCUGGAUACGACACUAUAACGGUCGCAUCCCAAGCUGCUGAUUGCAUUUGUUUUAAGAUCUCAACGAAAACCUCAAGAAACGUCAGACAACUGGUGCAAGCAAUCUAAACUGUGUUGAACUGUACACCGGAAGGCAUUCCACUAACCCCGAACGAUGCAGUCUCUGCAAUAAACAAACAUGACGCUACUUAAUUUAAGCCACCUCAUUCCAUUCACGAUGGGGUGUUUGUGGUUGGAUCGUGGUGAUGACACUGUAGCCGAGCUGAAUAAUUAAUCAGCCCUACUCUCCAGAUGUUCAUUAUCUGGUUCAUGAUUAACACAAACGAAGUGCCUUGUAAUGAUCUGGACACUGUAGAUUUCCACUCCCCUUUUUUAUUUAUUAUUUUUCUCCCUUUUCCUUCUUUCCCCUUGAAAAUGGUGUCCAGCAAUAUGUGCUCUGAAAUCCGUACCAGGAUUGUACUGAUCCCACACCUCGCCCCCUGAUAUUGGAUUACAACUGCACAAAUUCUCGGAAUAUGACAAAUGGAAAGAGCGUUAUGGGAGUUGGAAUUCAGAAACAUCUGGGGGGUGGGGUUGGAGUUCUGACAUCCUGGAAUAAACAAAUCCCACUGGCUUCUUUGGUUAUUUUGGCCUUAAAUUCCUUCAUCUAUUUCAAAGCUGGUACCAGUAAGUUUUCAAACACUGCCCGUCUGAGUGCAGACUUCAUUGCCCGUAAUGCUUCUUCAAAACACAAAUUAUCUUUCCUGGACCAUAUAUGGCCCAUCAAACAUGAAUUUGAUGUCGUUUUUAUGUGUUUAAGUCCAUUCGUUCCAAUAAUUUGUUUAGUCCUCUUCCAGCCUCCUGAUAUAAUUGUGCUGACUGAUCUACUGGGGCAUUGAUACAAUGUGGCACAUUCUGACUGCAGGAAGGGUUUGACAGUGUAGGAUGUGGGGCAUUUUCACUUUUUUUUUUUUUUAAAACACAAACUAUAAAGCCGAUCAUGAAUGAUGCUUACUGAUAAAUUGUUUGCUAGAUUCUCUUUGUGGUAAAACCAUCUAUUACGAAUCCGUUUUCCACCGUGCACCAUCUGCCUAACCUGUUUUUUGCUUUUAUUUCAUUUUAUUCUUUUUUUUGACUUGUUGCCAGCACCACCCCCCUUCCUUCCUGGAAAGUGCAGGUGGGUCUACAUUUAGAGUAGUUAUUCCUAUUGUUCGAUGAGCCUAGCAGAACAAUGCUUGCAGGCUAAUCUGCCCUCUCCUUAUCUAGCAAAUGCUCAGUCCCAUGGAGAACGUGGACAAGCCAAACCACGUCAGCUAUAACCCACAGGAGCAAACCAUGUCUUCCUGCUUAACUUUUACUGCUUUGUGUUUUUGCAUAGAGGACAUUAAAUCCUUAAUCUUUGUUUUUAUACUGAUUUGCUGUGCUCCUCAUCCCUCUGGCAUCCUAAACGUUAAUGCUCCCCAGGUAAUCUUCCUCGAUAUUAUGAUUCACCAAUUGUCUGCGAACUGGUGGAAACUGGAAAAGUCCAUAUUGCUGCCUGGGUUUUUUUUCUUUUUUUUUUUUUUAUAACUACUAAUGGCUGGCUAAAGGAAGUGCUCUUUGACUUUUAAACCAUUUAACAGAGCUAUUCUGGGAUAUGCUGUGCACAAUCAAUGCUAUCUGUUUAUUGUAGAACAGGUUUUGAAACAUGAGCUUAUACAUAGAUCAAACUUUCUUCUUUUAUUUAUUUUCUUCCCUCUUAUGGAUAUUUAUGCUACGGUCAGUUAUACUUUAACUGCAAUCUAAUAUGUUCUAAAACAAAGUUACACAACCACUUAACUAACCCUUUCCCAUUGUCGAGUGUCUCUAUUACGUCCAGCAUGAUCGUACAGCUAUAGCAUAAACUCAUCAUAAACGUUGUGGCAGAAAUGCAUCUGCCACGUGUUCCUGGAGGGGCCUGCUGUCUAGCCUCCUACUGAAAGACUAUGGGCCCUGCAAAAACCCUGUUAAAGAACUUUGUUCAUGCCAUUUACCUAUAUUGUUCGGGAACCGCAGAAACCAGAGACUACCCAUGUGCCUGUUAAGCCCAAUUGACACCUUAUAACGAGUUCCACCGCAGGGUUCUAAUUGCUUGUCUGGGUGGCCGCAAUUCGUUUGAACGACCAUGAGGUAGCAGCCAUCUUGUUCGCAUGAACGCAGACAGCGGUGUCUGGUUGUCGACUUCAUGGAAUUGAAAUCUAACACUGAAACUCCCGAACACCAAUGGACUUCCAUAAUUGCAUUUUGGUUCUAUACAACGUAGAAGGGCACUGUUCGGUGGAAUUGUUCCAAUGAACAAGCUACACAUGUUAACUAUGGAUUGCGUUUGAUAUUUUAUUCACUUUUAUACUCCCGAAAGAGAUCAACCGUUGGCACUGAUUUCAUGGAACUGUUUUGGGCACAGGACCAUGAGUGCGGUCGGUCAAAAUCGACAUCCAUGGAAAAACCGAACCACUGAACCGACCUGGGUGAUUUAAAUUUUUUGAUAUGUUGGUCACCCAGAUCGGGGCUAUCAGAGACUGUAACUUUUUUUUUUUUGUGGGGUUUCUAUGGAUUUUGGAAUGUUUAUAAAUAGUAUUUUAAUUUAUUUAUUUUUUUUGGACCUGAGAGAUUUAAUUAUAUGUGUGCUUCUCGGAUAAUUAUAUCUCAGGCAGGCAUAAAGGCUCAUGGGAGGGAUUUCCCUGUAUUCUUGUAUUGGAAACCCCUUGCAGGGCCUCCAAUAAACCAGAUGACUCCCAGCAUUAAGCCUCGGCUCAUGUGUGGGGGGAACCACUAUACUGCUAUAUCACUUGCUUUUUUACUGGCUAUAAAGCUCUACAUUCUUGGAGGAGAGAUCUUCCCACUGGGAGCUGGAUCCAGGUGUUUGGUCCAGGGUGGGAAGGAACGGCUAGAUCCCAGCCAAGUGGCGGCUAAGGAGGCUACAGUGGUUAUGGUGUGCAGUGUCCAUGGUACUCUGUGGGCACUAGACAGCGCGAUUUGGCGGAGGUACCCAGUUGGGGUACCAGGCGGUUCGCCACAAAAGUAUUUGUGGAUAGUUGUCUGGGGCCUGACCAAUAAGGGGGUGUGUUCUAGCCAAUAGGAACAUAGUCUUGACCCAACAGUUAAGGAUCCCUUUACUAAGGUGACCUGACAAACUGGUAAUAUCUGACUGUGUAUGGAAAGGAAUGCCAUUCUAAUGAUAUUCAUUUAUAUUUUUUGCAGGAGUGGAUGAGUUAACAAUUAUCAACAUCUUAACAAACUGCAGCAGUGACCAGAGACAAGAUAUAGCAUUUGCCUACCAGAGGAGAACAAAAAAGGUGGGUUAGUUUUUGUCCCUUUGCUGUUGGUGUGUUUAGAUCUUAAACUGUCCUAACCGUCCUCCAGCAGCAGAUGGUUUAAAUUCCAUAUGUGCAGCAUUUCAGUGGUCAUGGUGCUUGGACUAAUGAAGGUUAAUCCGGUAAUUGCUGAGGUUUUCUCGCAUGACCGUGUGUGCUGUUGAUUCCUUGGUGGUUUUUGUUUGUAAAGUACACAAGAAUUCCUUUCAAAUGCGAAAAAAUCCAAAAAUCUGUAAAAUAGGACAGGGGCACACACACUCAUUUAGUGUUGUGGUUUGAUCUUUAAGGGGUUUUAGAUGAAAUCUAGCUGAAAAUAAAUACAGCCUCGCAUGUAAUUUCUGGCCUUGUUAAAGUAUCUUACCGCGUGUCAGUCUAUGUAGAGUUUGAUCUUACUGUGUCUAUCCUCGGACAGGAACUUUCGUCAGCGCUGAAAAGCGCGCUCUCUGGAAAUUUGGAGACCCUGAUGAUUGGAUUAAUGAAAACCAGACCCCAAUAUGAUGCUUCUGAACUGAAAUCUGCCAUGAAGGUGCGUGGAGUGUGGUUUUUAGAUGGGGUGUUACAUGCAUGUCUUAACGUUGGUCACACAAGCUUUGACAGGGACACUAAGAUGGCGGUAGUAGCACAAUGUGGUCGCAUUGUGGGAGGUUAAUGAUGUUCCUGCUCUUGUUCCAGGGUCUCGGUACAGAUGAAGAAGUCCUUAUUGAGAUUCUCUCCUCUCGAACAAACCAAGAGAUGAGGUCAAUUCUGGAUGUAUACCGAGAGCGUGAGUGCACGUCACAUGUUAAAGGAACACUAUAGGGUCAGGAACCCAAACCUGUAUUCCUGAGCCUAUAGUGCUAAAACCAGCAUUUAGGUGGCUUGCUCCUCCCUUCGCCCCCUUAAAAGCAACGAAAACUCACCUGACUUCCAGUGUUGCGCGGGUCUGCCAGCACUGUCCCCGCCCCCUUGGUGACAUCACAGUUGCCGAUUUUUAGCCAAUCCAAUGCUUUCCCAUGGGGAAACACCGUUUUGGCCAAUCAGCACCUCCUCGUAGAGAUGCAUUGAAUCGAUGCAUCUCUAUGAGGAAAACUCAGCGCCCCCAUGCAGAGCGUGGAGACGCUGAACGGAAGUGCUGCCUACUAUGCAGCACCGAGCCAGGAAGCACCUCCAGUGGCCAUCUGAGGAGUAGCCAUUUGGAGGUGUCCCUACGGGCAAUGUAAACACUGCCUUUCUCUGAAAAUGCAGUGUUUGCAUAAAAAUGCCUGAAGGCAAUGAUUAUACGCACCAGAACUACAUUAAGCUAUAGUUGUUCUGGUGACUCUAGUGUCCUUUUUAACACUACAUGACCUCCGGCAGUGAAAGUGACAGUUUACAAAAUGUGAGUGUUUCCUCCCUCUGGUGAUGGGAAGGUGGAAGUGCAAUAUUGACUAUAGUCAAUGCCAAUAGGUAUACAGGUCCUCCUAGUGUGUCCUUUUUACGUAGCACUAGUUAUUCAGCGCUCUAAUGCAGGUUUUUUGGUAAAAGAUGAAGUGAUGAAUAAAUUGGUCAUAAUCUAUACAGAGUUGGGGUGAAAGUAACCAGGCCGUAUUCAUGAACAAGCAGCUAACUAGUCUAAGUACAGGCAUAUUGCUGUAUUAUCUUUUAUUGGUUACAUGCAGGUCUCUCAUAGUUCUUGUUUCUUUAGACUUUUUUUAAAUUUUUUUGGUUUGUUUUGUCUUGCUCUCCUGCUUUUAAAAGUUUAAACCUAAUGGAGGUUUUAUAUCUUAUUUGUAGUAUACAAGACAGAACUUGAGAAAGACAUUGUCUCUGACACGUCUGGUGACUUCCGUAAACUAAUGGUAGCCCUGGCUAAGGUGAGCAAUGAGAAUUGUUGGUCUAAAUACUGUCUGCAAGGAAAGUCAAUGUAUUUUUUUAUAAACUCUCUCUCUAUGUAGAAAAAUAUAUUUUUGGCCUCACUCUUCUGGGCAGAAAGUGUAAUAAUUCUUUCUACCUGCAUUUAUUUAUUUUAUUUAUUUAUUUGCGUUUCUGGUUGUAUUGAAUUAAUCUAAGUGGAAUGUCACAGUUUAUGUUGAUUCUGCGCCCAAACACUUGGCCAAUGGGAAUGACCCGUCCUGUGUGUUUUUAUUUUUUAUUUUUUUCAUUGUUGUACUUUGUUUCUUUGCAGGGAAAGCGGCAGGAGGAGAGCUCAGUCAUCGAUUAUGAAAAGAUUGAUCAGGAUGCUCGGGUAAGUGGUCUUCAAAAAAAUAAAUAAAAAAACAAACCAUUGCCAUAACAGUUGAAGAGUAUAAUUGGGGGGUGGGGAGGGGAAUUGGCUUACACUGGUUUGCAUAUGAGUCUUUGAGACUCUUAAUAAACUACUUAAUUGCCCAUAUAAAUGAGCAGGACACUUGCUACAGAUUCUGACACUAUGUAUUGGUGAUCCUUUUAGGAGCUGUAUGAAGCUGGAGUAAAGAGAAAGGGAACAGAUGUUGGCAAAUGGAUUGCAAUCAUGUCAGAAAGAAGCGUUUCUCACCUCCAGAAAGGUAUGUGGACUGUUUUUUUACAACUUCCAUUCCCCACUAUGCAUCUGCAAGCUUCUCUGUGAAGCUCUUCUCUUAGACCGGCAUUGAAGACCUUGCACAAUGACCCUAGUAGAUCGUUUUUCUAUUUAUGAUGCAAUCAGAGCAUUCUUAAAGUAUGGUUGGAUUGCCAUCCACCAAUAAAAGCUGUCACGUUUACAAUCUUGGUUACCAUGAUUUACAAUGUAGGUGAAAUGAAUAAAGAGCUGAUAGAACACAGGUCACAGUCUGUAUCAGUGCUGUUAUUAAACAUGCUGUAUCUUCCUUCAGUUUUCGAAAGGUAUAAGAGUUACAGUCCAUACGACAUGGAGGAAAGUAUCCGGAAAGAAGUUAAAGGUGACCUGGAAAACGCCUUCCUCAACCUUGGUGAGUUUUCACAUGAAUUUCCCGUUCUUACUGUUUGGAUACAAAUGGAAUCUGCAUGCAUCUGAAAUGAGAUGUGUUUAAACGUUGUUUCAUAUAAAAUCACCUUGAGUUGAUCCUUUCACAAUACAGAAACUGCCUACUGAAAUGUCAGUUGACAGACUUUGCGAACAAUGUUGUCACUGUGUUUAUAGAUGUGGUUCCAAGUCGUACGUUAAAUCUCGCAGAACUUGUUGCCAUCUUUUCGUAACCUGCUUCUUUCUCCCUGCAGUUCAGUGCAUCCAGAACAAACCGCUGUAUUUUGCAAACAAAUUGCACGACUCUAUGAAGGUAACACAUUCCUGCUUGAUAUUUAACCAGAAUGUAAAUCUUUUCUAGUAUAACCUUUCCUGUUUAUCAAACUGAAAUAUAUAUAUAAUUUUAAUAAAAUUCUCCCCAUGUUUUUUAGGGCAAAGGAACAAAAGACAAAAUAUUGAUCAGAAUCAUGGUUUCCCGAAGUGAAGUAGAUAUGCUAAAAAUCAGAGCAGAAUUCAAAAAGAAAUAUGGCAAAUCCUUGCAUUACUAUAUCGGGGUACGUAUAAAGCCAAUGCCUUCUGUGUAUUACACCUAGCUGUUGACAUAUAGGAACAAUCUCUGCUUUGUUACUCGGCAGUCGGGUUCCUCAGACGUAUUUACAGUAUAAUAAUCUGUAUAUUUUGUUAUUUACAGUGUGUAUAAUCUGUAUAUUUUAUUAAUACAGUGUGUAUGCUGGCUAUGGCUAUCUGCCUUGGCCAAUUACUUUACUACAAGCAGUUCCAUGGCAACCAAUGUUCUUUAUGUUGUUUUUUUUUGAGAAAACAAUUAAAGUACACCCUUGCUAGUCUAGAACAGUUGCAGGUUAUUUGCUAAAGUGAGGUUUCAAGGUGAAUUUCAAACUAAAGGUCAAAAUACCCCACCUUUCAGAGUUUGGCUACUCUGGCCUUUAAUUUGAAUCUCUUGCAGGGUCUAGCAAAAGGGUAAACUUUAGCUGACUCUUUACAGGAAGUGUUUAUGGAAGGCUGUGCAAGUCACAUGCAGGGAGGUGUGCCUAGGGUUCAUAAACAAAGUGAUUUAACUCCUAAUUGGCAGGGAAUUGAGCAGUGAAACUGCAGGGCCAUGAUCUACACACCCAAACUGCUUCAUUAAGCUAAAGUUGUUUUGGUGACUAUAGUGUCCCUUUAACUAAAAUGUGAAUUCAGAUCUUUAUGUUCGGGGACUGCAUUCAUUCUGAGCAGCCACAUUUGCAGUUUGCAAUGUGGACGUUUCGAAUGUUCAUCUGCAAUGUAAAGAGGGACAACAAAUGUAGCCUGAAACACUCUACUUUUGGCCUUUAAUCCAUACUUUAAAAGAAGCUAUAAACUGCUGGGAAAGCUGGACAUUCAAAAACAUUGAAUUUAUCCUAGUCUCCUCAACCUAGGUGUAGGCAGUAUACCUAUUCUGAAAAUCUGUUUGUAACUUUUUUUAAAUUUUAUUUUUUAUUUUUUUUCCUCUCUGCAGCAAGACACAAAGGGUGAUUACCAGCGUGCCCUCCUAAACCUGUGCGGUGGAGAUGAUUGAUCUCCCAUCCACUGUUCCCCUGCUUAAAUAUUAACUGCUUGAUCUGACUGUAUGUUCUCUCUUGUGCUGGUUUUACAUUCCUGAGUCGCCAUGCAACUCAUCCUGUCCUAUUUACUGACCAAUAAAACUCGUCGAUGUAGAAUUGUUAAUA